AUGAAUUCUAAAGUGAAGCGAGAACGCUCCACAAAUUGCAUUGCCAGUGAGUUAGAACUUCUUGUCGACCUAGUGGUUAGGCACAACAAAAUACUAGAAAAUAAGAAAACAGACGCUGUAACUGCAAAUGUGAAAAGCAAAACAUGGGAUAUACUGGCUAAGGCAUUCAAUAGUAAUAGCCUUAAUGGAUUCCGAAGUGAAAAGAGUUUGAAGUCGAAAUAUGAACAUCUAAAAAAGGGUGCCGCUAGUUGUGUAAUCACUGUCCACAUUAUAAGAGCGUUAAAAUAG